GUUACAAUUGUUACGACGUUCUUAAUAGACAUUAAAAAUUAAACUAACUUAUAUAAUAAUGAAGCCCGCACGUUCGAAAACUCCAGCUCGUAAGCCAAUCAGUCGGCCAAAGGGAUCGAAUAUGAUGUCUAAAGAUCCCGUGCAGGUUUAUUGUCGUUUACGUCCAAUGCAAUCUUUAACGGAUGUAUCGUGCAUGACAGUUGAAUCUGACAGGACUGUAGUGAUAACGCCUCCAGGAUCAGCAGCCAACUUUCGUACUAAUAAGGAGAUAAAAACGACAUUCAGUCACGUAUUUAAGUCUGAUGUGACACAAAGAGAGAUAUUUGAAACGGUUGCCCUCCCUCUGGUUGAAAAUCUUAUUAAUGGAAGAAAUGGCCUCCUAUUUACAUAUGGUGUAACAGGUAGUGGGAAAACAUAUACGAUGACUGGAGAUCCACAAGAUGCUGGUAUCAUGCCUCGGUGUUUGGAUGUUAUUUUUAAUACUAUUGCCAAUUAUCAAACGAAAAAGUUUGUCUUUAAACCAGAUAAACUAAAUAGUUUUGAUGUACAAAGUCAGACUGAUGCUAUGUUGGAGAGGCAGUUUCAUGCGGGUCUAUUGCAAAGAGCAAGAUUCGACAAACACCAUAAGGCCGACAGUGAUGGAGAUAGUAAACCAAUGGUAGCUCACAAACGUAAUGAAUCUCAAAGCUUAACAGUCGAGGUAGAUAAUGCAUACGCUAUAUUUGUCACAUAUGUUGAAAUAUACAACAACAGUGUAUAUGACUUGUUGGAUGAAGAUUUUAUCAGAACCAAGACAUUGCAGAGUAAAAUAGUAAGGGAAGAUGGCAACAAAAAUAUGUAUGUACACGCCGUUACAGAAAUUGAAGUGAAAAGUGCAGAAGAAGCUUUUGAACUAUUUCAACGUGGACAAUGGAAAAGACACGUUGAGUACACAACAUUGAACGCAGAGUCAAGUAGAUCACACAGCGUUUUUACCAUCAGACUUGUACAGGCACCUUUGGAUAGUGAGGGCGAACAGGUAAUGCAGGCUAAACAAGUUGUGUGUGUAAGUCAAUUAUCUUUAGUAGAUUUAGCGGGUAGCGAGCGAACGAAUCGUACUAAGAAUACCGGUCAACGUUUACGAGAAGCAGGAAACAUUAAUAACUCUUUAAUGACUCUGCGAUCAUGUUUGGAAAUUUUGAGAGAGAAUCAGAAUCAGGGUACAAAUAAAAUAGUUCCUUAUCGGGAUUCUAAGCUUACACAUUUAUUCAAAAACUAUUUUGAUGGGGAAGGACAAGUCAGAAUGAUAGUCUGUGUAAAUCCAAGGGCGGACGAUUAUGACGAAACUAUUCAAGUUAUGAAAUUUGCGGAAAUGACUCAAGAAGUGCAUAUCACAAGGCCUACUUCUGUAAAAUUAGAUCUCGGUUUCACUCCUGGCAGAAGGCAAGCGAAUAAGAUAUUCAAAGAAGCAAGAAGCAAAUUGGAAAAAGAAGGCCGACCAGAAGCAGCUGAUUUGAACAUUGAUCUAGGCCUAGUAUACAGUUUGGGAGGAUCAUUUCCUCAAUUGGAAAUGACUACUUCAGAUAAUGAUCAAAUAAUACAAUCUUUAAUACAAUACUUGGAACAACGUAUCAACAAGCACAAUAUACUUCGCACAGAUUUACAAAAAAAACAAGAUGAUUUUAGAUGGACAUUAAUGAGUAUAGAGCAAGAAAAUGUAAAUUUAAAAAUUGAAGCAGCUUCGUUGAAAGCUGCAAAUAUACAGGAAAAAAGAAAGAUAUCUGCAUUAGAAGGACAUGUCUGCAAAUCAGAAAAGCAAAUAGAUGAUCUUUUGCGUAAAUUAAAUAGUACUAAUGAAAGGAUUCAAAUUUUGGAACAAGAG